AUGGAAAACGAAGUUGAUGUUAACGUAUCCAGCUCCGAAGGGCAUACAUUUUCGGAAAUCUCCCUAUCGCAUGACAAUGUAAAUACAAUUUCAAAACCCUCACACUAUCUACAGAGCGAUAAUUCUGCCUCGAUCUCAGAGCCAUUUGAACAAAAGACAAGACUAAUUCAGAUGACUUCAUCACCAUCUCUGAGUGCUUUGGCAGGUAUUUUGAAUGAAAAAACUAAACAUGCCGAUAUGAUGAUACGGAAAUUAUCCACCAAUUUAGUGGAAGAACCAAUACAAGAAGAUGAGCAAGACUCUUCUGAAAUUCAUACAGAGACAGAUGAUAAAUAUAUCUCAGACUUAGGAUCUCCAAACCUAAUAGACUUAGCUGAUAAUGAUGAAGCUGUCGUUUUUAAACAUCCUAUACCUUUACAGGAAUCUCUGGAGCAACCGGACUUUUUAUCGACACCGAGAGUUAGACAGGGAUCCACAAACAAUAGCACCGAAACCACUCCCAUCAAUACUCCCAUCAAUAAUCCUACUAAUGAUAAUGAAUCAGUCGUCAAGCGUUCAAUAAUCCAUGAGGAAACGCUUUCACAAGAAUCAUUUGAAAAAACUGCCUCGAAACCAAAAUACAAUCCUUUUGUUGACAAGAACAAUUCUGCGAUCGUUAAUAAGCCGGAAAUACAUGAAACUGCACUUUCCAAACUUCCAGUGAAUGAGCCGGAAAUACCACAAGAAAUUAAUAACAAUAUUUCGGUUCCCAAACCAAAUCCUCAAGAAGUUAGCAAACAAAAGACUGAGAACGUGAAAACCAAACGUAGAAGAAGCUUAUUAAACUUCUGGAGGAAACCUAAAUCCACCACCGAAAAGACAAUCACGUCUUCUCAUAGUUUUAAUUUAGGGGGUAAUAGUUCGGAGCAUACAUUAUCAUCAGGUGGAGAUGUAGAUAAAUCGACUGCUAAAAGAUCUAUGAGUAGUACAAGUAUUUUUGGAAACUUUAGAAAGAAUAAACACAAUUCUAUUAACACACGUACAAAACCAGAUCAUCCUAUGGAUCCUCAACCGCUACCUAAGAAUACUAACAAAUUACAUGAUCCCAAUAAUAGUUCUCAAAAGCGAAAACCUACUCCUUUAGAUUUCGAAAAAGCUCUUCCUGAGAUAAAACUAGAAGAAAAGUUUCCAAUAGAUGUUUUCCCCAAGUCACUAGAUGCGUCUGAGGUUGAAUCUAUAGUAUCAUUAGAACGUUCUAGGUCAAUAAAAUCGAAUCAACGAAAUUCGAUAUCAUCUUUACGCACUAGAUCCCUUAGCGAUCAUAUAUCAUUAAAUGCUAAAAUGGAGGGCAUGUUCAUAACAGAUGCCUCAAAAACUCCUCUUGCGACUCCAGAUUUAACCAAAUCUCCAGUUAAUAGCAUCCUACGCAAUGGAAGAUUCGAAAGUCCUUAUGAAGAGAUGCGAAGUAGAAGUUCUAACUCUCUUGAGGAAGAUAGUGCAAAUGUGAAAGUCACUUCCUUUUCUGAAGAGAAAAGAGAUUUUUCUUUCGGUUCAAUAGAGCAGAAGUUAAAUGAGCUAACAAUGGAGUUUGACGAAGAAGAAGUUAAUGACAAAACCUCGAUUGCUAAUGCAACAUUCAACUCUAAUACAGUGGUAAGUGAUCAUGAUGACAAUGAACUUAUUUCUGAUAUUAUGGAGUUCGCUAGCAUCAUCGAUUUUGGUCAAGACAUUGAAUUGAAUUUUGAGCUCAAUGCUUCAGAAAACUCAAAAUACGAAACUUUAAAUCCAGUUGGGAAAAUUUCCAGCAAUAGUUUGCUGAAACCCGGCUUAAAUUCCGAUGCUGCAGAUUCUUUCUUUAAUGAAGUCAAUAGUUUUUCAGACAAGUCCGAUGUGUCCCAAAGUAAGACAACUGAAUUUAUUAAAGACCGUGAACCAAAAGCAGUUUCAAGUAUUUCUGAAGUCCAAAAUAUAAAUCCACAAGAGGCAAUUACAAAGGCUGAUUCUGUUCGAUUCAAACACACUUCUAAUCUCGAUAGCAAUGACGAAGAAGAUUUCGAAAAUGAAGACUUUAACAACAUUCGUACUAAUAAAGAAUCUCCAAAAAUCAGCGCUUUUAUGCCUGAAGUAACUAAUUCGAUGAGCAGGCCUAUAUCGAUGUCAUUCAGAGGACUUAAAGCUCCACAGUUCAACAGUAACAUGGAUAUUUCAGCUUUAAGUGGAUUCCAAGAUCCUCAAGAUGAAUUUUCCAACUUUUCGGACGAAAGAUCAAAAUUUCCUUCUAAGCUUGUUACAUUUUCCUCUCAGAUUGUCUUAUAUGAGACAUAUGGUGAACUUGAGUACGAUAGACAUCCAGAUUUGGCCACCUGUAAUCAGCUGACUCCUCAGCUAGCCCAAAUGAUUAAAGAGGAACUCAACGAAUUAAAAGCUGAAAUGGAAAUCCACGAAGACUCGAAGUGUUAUACACAUUUCUUUUAA